AUGAAAGGAGGAAAGGGCAAUCGUUCCACUACUAGUAGUACCGGUACUGGCACCGGUAGCGCUGAUGGUGCGGCUUCCGCUGUCUCAGACAUCAGUGAAGGCGAUCAAUUCGACCCAGCGGUAAGGGACGCCCUUGUGAAAAGGGCGGAAGCAGAAGCCUUACAAUGCCAACAAGACCUUAAAAUUACAGUUGCAAAAACCCAGCAAGAAGAAGAAGAAGAAGCUGUCAAGAAACUGCCAGCCAAAAAGACGGUCCCUGGAAGCUCAUCUGCGGAAGCUAACCAGCAUAAGCAGCAGCAGGCUUUAGGAGAAGCCAAUCAAGUGGAAAACACAGAAGAACUAAAAGGAGACGAAAUCAUGACUAACACUGCUAGCAACCAAUUCAUGCAGUUGGCGAUGGGAUUCAACGAGGCUGCCAAAAUGGAAAAACAUGAAACUGCAGCAAAUUCUGGUAAUGAUCCAAACCAGCCAAGUGCAGAAAUUGCAGUACAACCAGAAAAUGCUCAAGAUGUUCACCAUCCACAUAUUCACUUGAUUGCAGCUGCAGCUGCAGCAACGGAACCACUCCCACAACUGCUACGCCACCAUGGCUCGGCAGACACGGCUCAGCCUGGGGCCUUCCACAGAGAUGGUCCUGAUGCGCACUUGUACAACAACACUCCUGUCGCUACACCACCAGAACCCAACAAUGAAUUCAUGCCAAGCAAUGCUGACAAUCAUGAGGGUUUGGUCCAGGCGAAUGCAAUCGAUGAUGAUGAUGUUGAGAAUCUGACUCGAGCCAAUCCAGUCAAUCUGGCCGAGCGAGAGCAAAAAGAACUGCAACAGAAAAAGCAACAAAAAACCUUUGUGUUUAUUCUGAUUUUGGUUGUUCUUGCUGCUGCCGCUAUUAUUGGGACUGUUGCCGGGACAAGUAACAAGGGAGAUGAGGUUGUCAUCCAAACAGCCGCCCCAACAGCCUAUGGAUCCAUGGAGCCAUCAGGGGUGCCAUCCAUGGCUCCAACUGGAGUGCUUGGCCUUCUCUGGAGCAACCUACCUGUGGAAACUCAGGAAAGUCUCGAGACUUACGGGACUCCACAGUGGAAAGCAUUUGAUUGGGUUGGCAGGCAUCAAAACAUUACGAAUUUGCCAGAGUGGAGAAAGAUGCAACUAUUUGCGAUGGCCACCUUCUUCUAUUCCAUGGAGGGUGCGGACUGGUGGUGGCCGAUCAAGGAGCGGUGGAUGGUCGACACUAUGGAUGAGUGCUUGUGGUUUUCAGAAGCAUUUGGCAGUUUUUACAGGGGGCCAGAUGGCCUUGCUAACACAGGGGAUGAAGGGGAGGGCACUUAUUAUGAGGACUUUUUUCAAAUACCACUUGUAAAUUGCAAUGAUCGCGACCAGUUGACCAAACUAUGGCCAGGACCACUGGGUCUUCAAGGUUUAGAGCCAGUUGUUCCACCAGAGAUUGGAUUGCUCACAUCAUUGGAAUCUCUCAGACUUGUUGGACUUGGCACCAAAGUAACACUGUUUGACAUGCUCGCUCCAAAAGUACUUGAACUGGGAACAUUCCGUGCACUUGACAUAGCCAAUGGACUUGGAGGGACCAUACCAACGGAUGUGGGUGUGCUAUUUGCCAACUUGACAAGCCUGGAAUUGAUCAGGAACUCAUUCUCAGGAAGUCUCCCAACUGAGAUUGGUCUCCUCACUGGCCUGGAAGGUCAAUUCAAUUUGAACAGCAACAAUAUUUCUGGUACAAUUCCUACUGAGAUGGCAGGCCUUACCAAUGUAGGCACUUUUUGGAUGUCCGGAAACCCUUGGGUUGGCCCCAUUCCAACCGAGUUUGGAACUCUGUCUAAUGCAGAUGCUUUUUCCUUUGACCGCACUUUCGUGUCUGGCUGGAUUCCAAGUGAAAUAGCAUUGAUGGAAACCCUUGAGGCGAUGUUUUUGGAUAGCACUUUGCUGACUGGUCGGAUCCCAACUGAAAUUGGUAGGAUGCCCUCUUUGGAAAGGAUUUCUUUACAUGAUAAUAGCCUCUCAGGCUCAAUCCCUUCUGAACUGGGCCUCCUUACCAAGCUUUGGCACUUGGAUCUGUCCAAUAUAACGCUCUUGACUGGGUCCAUUCCACCUGAGUUGUCCCGCUUAACAGGUGAUUUGCUUCUAGAAGGAAGUGGGCUUUCCGGUACCAUCCCAGAAGGCCUGUGCUUCUUGCAGGAUGAGGCUUGUAAAAAUACUUUUAACAUUCCUCCAUAUGGGGAAUGGAGUUUGCCGUGUUCACUCACCUUUGAUUGCACGGAAAGACUUUGUGGUUGUGAUUGUCCCUGCACAGUUGGAAUCAAUCAUACAACCAUAUGA